UAGACUUUAUAGAAUAUGCCUGACCUGUUUUCGUUUCAGAUUACUCAACUCAACGACCCAAACAAGCAAAUUAUGGUACAUUUGGUUGGUAACGGAAGCAUAGUUAUAAUUUGUCUUACACAAAAUGCGACAUCAGCACCAUCCAAUGCUUCAAACACAACCAACAGAAUAUACAUUUCCUAUGAUUACGGCGACAGUUACGAAGACAAAACUCAUUUAUUCAAAUUAAACAAUGGAAGUUUGGCCAGAAUCAAUAAUUUUUUCUUUUAUUCCAAAUACGAGUCUAGAAUUGUUUUUACUGAUGUAUACAACAAUGUAAUUUUCAUGACGAAGGAUAAUGGGAAAACCAUAACCCGGACAGAUCUGGAUUUUACACCGAACGACGUUUUAUUUCACGAGUUUCUUCCCGACAGGGUUCUAGCAGUGCAAAAAUUACAGUCCCAGUUGUGGAUAACUGAUGAUUUUGGGAAUAGAUGGAGAUUGUGGGACGGGGACGCGAACUUAUUUUCCUGGAGCCGAGAUGAAAACCAAGAGCCCAAACUUGUAUUUUAUACAACUAAUGUUCUGGAUGUGAUUUAUACAAAAGGAGAUUACAUCUUUUUUACAAGUAAACAUAGUGAGGAUAGAUCAGAUCUGUUUGUUUCACAUAAAUUGGGUAAACCCAGGAAAUGUACUUUUGAUGUUCCGCCGGGGCUGAACAGUCAAGAUUUCUAUGUUGUGGAUGUUACCAGUACCAGAGUGUUAGUUGCUGUUAGACAUACAGACGCAUUGUCACAUUUGUACUUAUCAGAAGACCUCAACAAAGACGAUGACGUACGUUUCUACCUUUCUCUUGAAGGAAUAAUGUGUCAUUUUCCCAAGAAAACUUGGCAGAAUACAUGGCUUGCCCGGGUUGAUGACGUGUUUGCUGAUGUUUAUAAGGUGAAAGGUGUAAAUGGUGUCUAUAUCGCAUCCCAACUUACAGUACGAAAUGAUUUGGAUUUAGCCCACGUCGUUACUUUGAUUACAUAUGAUCACGGUGGCUCUUGGAGGUGUCUAAAUGCUCCUGUGUACGAUAGUGAAGGAAACCGCAUCGAACGCCCUCUAUCAGAGAAUUGCUCCUUACAUCUUCAUCAACACUUUAGUCAUAUCCAUCCGGAUAUGAGACUGCAAAAUAUAGUAUCAAGUGAAUUCGCGCCUGGUAUAGUUAUGACCACCGGUGUUAUCGGAAGAUCUCUUAAGGGACAUUCUAAGGUCUUCAUUAGCACCGAUGCUGGUUUGACAUGGCAUGAAACGUUAAAGAGCGCACAUUUAUUUCAAAUUGGAAACUACGGAGGUUUACUAACAGCAGUGGAAUACAACGAAAAUGUAACAGCACGUGACAUAUUGUACUCGACAAACUUUGGGAAAAAUUGGACUAGAAUGGCAUUCCGUAAUGAAAGUUUACAGGUUUACGGCCUACUGGCAGAACAACGUGAAACUACAGCCGUCUUUAUCUUGUUCCCGUUUCCAGCAGAGGGCCGUGGGUGGAGUAUAAGUAAACUCGACCUGAAGGAGGUCUUCAGUUAUAACUGUGAACAGAGUGAUUAUGAAGAAUGGUCACCCAGCCAUGUUGCGUGUACACUUGGGCAGCAAGCAACGUUUCUACGAAAGAAGCCCAACGCUAAUUGCUACACCGGUCGUCGUGAAAUUACACCGAUCUCCUACAAAACGUGCGCAUGCAGUGCCGCGGAUUUUGAAUGUGAUUCUGGAUUCUCCCGCUCCGGCAACAUAGCUGAAUGCAUUCACAAUAAAACCACCAGCGAUAAACCCUAUGACCCUCCGGCUACGUGCCAAUAUGGCCAAUUUUACAACAGAACAAAGGGCUAUAAAAAAGUAGCGGGAAGUAAGUGUGUGGCCGGUUCCGAACGUCGGUAUUUGCCUGAUUUAAUUUCGUGUCCCUCCGCGCAAGAUGACAAAUUCCUUUUGAUUGCUUUACGGGAAAAAAUAAGUCGACUCUAUUUGCACAACAAUAAAUGGGAGCCACUACCAAUCGAAAAUCUCACAAACGUCAUUGCCGUGGAAUUCGAUAUGAAGAGCAGGUGCAUGUACUGGAGCGACAUCGGUACCAAACUAAUCGGAAGGCAGUGCUCGAACAACGCUCCUGAGGUUUUUCUUUACGGUAAUUUAACCUUAGUCGAAGGGAUUGCCUUGGAUUGGAUUUCGCGGCAUCUUUACUUUGUGGAUGGUCGGAGAGCAAAAAUCGAAAUGGUCACGACUGAUCAGAAUCGCCUGGGCCGCAUGCGUAGAACUAUCUUAGAUUCUAAGCAUUUGGUGAAACCGCGAGGACUCGCCGUGCAUCCCGUUGCUGGCUACUUAUUUUGGACGGAUUGGUCGCCGGAGAGACCGUCGGUUUCUCGAUCGGAUUUGGACGGUUCGGACGUACGAGUUUUGUUCGAUAAAAAAUACGUGCAUUGGCCAAACGGCAUCACAAUUGAUUUCGUUGCCGAGCGUAUCUAUUGGAUUGAUGCGCGUGAAGACUACGUUGGCAGUUCAGAUUUACACGGCAAUUAUUUUAAGAAAGUUAUUAGCAAAAAUUCCCACGUGUCUCACCCUUUUUCAAUUGCAAUCUUUAAAGACAAUAUAUAUUGGAACGAUUGGAAAGAAUUGGGAGUUUUUCGUGGCGACAAAGAUAACGAGCUGGGGAUAAAAUUGCUGAGAGAGUUAAACCGUUCGAUGGGUUUGAAAGUAUUUGGCCAUGGUCUUCAGGAGGGAGUUAACGAUUGCAUUAAUUCUACCUGCAGUCAUAUAUGUGUUGGUACUCCCGAACAAGGUCAUAAGUGUUUAUGUCCCGAUGGUAUGGAGUUACAGAUGAAUCAAUGUGUGUGUUCCAAUAAUGAAACUUGUUCUGAAUUGGACAGUACUUGUCCUGAUAAGCAUUUGAAAUGCGACAAUGGUAUUUGUGUACCAAAAGAAUGGCGUUGCAAUGGUAGAGAUGAUUGUGGUGAUGGAUCAGAUGAAAUUCAUUGUAGUCCAAAAAACAACACAGAGUCAAAACCAACGGUUGAUUGUGACACUUAUUUCAAGUGUGAUACUGACGAGUGCAUUCCACGUUUUUGGCGUUGCGACGGUUCAAAAGAUUGCAAAGACGGUUCUGAUGAAAACAACUGUACGCGCGAAUGCUCGCAAACUGAAUUUGCAUGCAGUAAUAAAUGCAUUUCGUUACAAUGGAGAUGUGAUGGCGAGAAAGACUGCGAUGAUGGAUCAGAUGAGACAGACUGUGAACAGAAGACAACGAUUUGCAAGUCUAAUGAAUUUCGCUGCCCGAAAGAAAAUCGAUGCAUUCCAAGUGCAUGGCGUUGCGACGGUGACGCGGAUUGUACAGACGGUGUAGAUGAAACAAACUGCCCCCUUCACCCUUGUUCCAAUUUUGAAUUCAGGUGUGGAAAUGGUCGGUGCAUUCCCCGGCGAUGGAAAUGUGACCAAGACAUUGACUGUGCCGAUAAAUCAGAUGAAGAGAAUUGUAAUUCAACCCAGUGUAAUUCCAACGAGUUUCUUUGUACGAAGGAUAAAACAUGUAUUCCGCUGUCAUGGAAGUGUGAUGGUAGCGUCGAUUGUCCGGAUGGUACUGACGAAUCAUCUUGUAGUAAUAGGACGACAGAAGACGAGAUAUCAAAGAAUGCAAAUAGCUCCUGCCUUACCUGGCAGUUUCAGUGCUCUAAUGACAAGUGUAUACCGAGUUGGUGGAAAUGUGACCUUGCAGAUGAUUGUGGUGAUAAUAGUGAUGAAAUAAAUUGCACUGAUCGCACUAUAAAACAUCCAAUGGUUAGUACGAGUCUAAAUUCAACACCUUGUCAGCAGAACACUUUUAAAUGUGGCUCUGGAAUUUGCAUCCCGGUUUCCCAGGUGUGUGACGGUUCUCUCGAUUGCGUGCAUGGAGAAGAUGAAGAUAACUGCCAGAAAACCCAUUCGUGUUCAGAAAAUGAGUUCAAAUGUCACAACUCUACCAAGUGUAUUCCGGCUACCGAUGUAUGCAACGGACGGACAGACUGCCCGGAUGGCACAGACGAGCUUCAAUGUAGUUCAACAAAUGAGACGAAACCGACGAUCUAUUGCGAGGACGACCAUUUCAAAUGUGAUAUUACUAACUGUGUUCCACAUCAUUGGCGGUGCGACGGUCAGAUAGAUUGCAAGGACGGAUCUGAUGAACAAAACUGCCCGCACCGUUGCCUUGAAAAUCACUUUGAGUGCGACGGUAAUCGUUGCAUUCCAAAAGCUUCGAAAUGUGAUGGUGAGAAAGAUUGCCUUGAUGGAUCAGAUGAGAAAGACUGUGAAGUCCAUAAGCUAAACUCGACAAACUGCACAUCUGGAGAUUUCCACUGUGCGCAAGGAAAUCAAUGCAUUAGAAGCGAUCAGCGUUGCAAUAGGGCCUUAGAUUGUGCCGACGGUUCUGACGAAGAAAAUUGCACUGCGCCCAAUUGCUCAAGUGACCAAUUUACGUGUGAUGAUGAUACAUGCAUUCCUGGGCAGUUUAGAUGUGACAAUAAGGCCGACUGCCGCGAUGAAUCAGAUGAGAAAAACUGCAUUCAGCAUAAAUCAAAAACUUGUCUACGCAAUGAAUUUCGUUGUGCUCAAGGAAACCUCUGUAUCCCCAGCGCGUGGCGUUGUGACGGUGACACCGAUUGUGCCGAUGGAACUGACGAAGUAAAUUGCUCUCCAUCCACAUGUGCUCAAGCUCAGUUUCGAUGCGCCAAUGGACGCUGUAUCCCCGCGCAUUGGAAAUGUGACGACGAGAUCGAUUGUGGUGACAAAUCGGAUGAGAAAAAUUGUCCAUCGAGUAAUUCGACGUGUGGAGUCAAUCAGUUUCGUUGCUCAGAAAAGGGUGGAUGUAUUCUUCUCAAAUGGCGCUGUGACGGUGACACCGAUUGUGCGGAUGGUUCUGAUGAAUUAGAUUGCAGUAACAUCGCACGAGACGCAAAAGUAACGAAUGUAUAAUAAAAAUAAUACAUUUUUAAAAGGACAGCUUUCACGCAAACAUGGCGGUUUGGUCAUAAGCUCAGAGUAAGAAAUUUACUCUGAGGUCAUAAGUGUGUGAACACUGUUCUUUUCCUGCCUAUACCUCCUUUUUUACGACUGCAAUUGAAAGUGUUCUGUUAAAAAUCUAAAACAUUGUAGUUUGACUUUCUUCUGUAAAUAUAGCUAUAUGGCAGUUAAAAUAAAAUUUCUACUACUA